UUAACUUUAGGCCUACCACUAAGUAUCGAAACUUUUAUUCAUAAUUCUUAGAAAUUUAUACAGUUAAAAAAAAAAUCAUCCUACAUUAUUAGUAAUUAAGAAAGAAAAAUGGUUAAAACAUUUAAAAGAACACAGAAGAGUAAGAAGAAAAAGACAGAAACAGGUGCUGGUGGUCAUGAAAAGAAGAUAAAUGCACAUAAGGAAGAAAUAUACGUAGAUCUUAAUAAGCUUAAGCUCACUUUAAAGCUCUUGGUAGAACAUGACAAGCCUAUUUAUGAAUCUGUUCCAGUUACACAGAAUGUUACUCUCAAAGCAACCCGACCUACAAACUUGGUGACAUCUAAACGCUUGUUGCCAGUUUUGAUGGCAUGUCUCAUGAACCACAGGUAUGAAGCAGCAGCUAAAAUAAUGCAAGCUUUAAGUAUGGUUGUCCACAAUUUAGAUCACAUCAUUUACAAGGGAGGCCUUCAAAUAUUGGAGAAUCAUCCAUCUUCAACUGAAGAACAAAUUCAAUACUUCAUACGCCAGUUGAAGAAUCUAGGUUUCAUUAAUAAAAGAGAAAUUAUAUUGGAACAUCUGAUUUAUCUCUUGAAACAAGGAAAGUUACAGCAAGCCCAAACUGAUGUAAAUCACUUGCUGUCCAGACAUAGAUGUUACAUCAGGAAAAAUCAGGUUGUUGACACUACUAUGAAAGCCUACAUGGGUCUACUUGAUUAUAUUCAGUGGGCUCAUCUUGUAAAUUCUUCACUAGAUCAGACUGAUGAAAAUGAGAAAUGCCUGAGUCAGCAAGCAAUAAAUUGCCAUGCAGAAAAAGCUGUUAAAGCUUUCCAAGAAGUCCUUAAAGUACCAGGGCAGUGGGACAUUUUUGUUCUCAAGCUUGUAGAGAUGUUAGAAUAUGAUAACAGAAUAGAUGAUGCUAUAGCAGAUCUUGAAAUGUAUGCCACCAACAACCCAACACAUCUUCAUAGUCACAUCUACUUAUUUGAAUUUUUAAAAAGACAAGGUAGAGAUCCAGAUAAACAAUUGGAGUGUUUAAAGAAAAUAGUAAGAAUUUCCCCAUCAGACCCAAGAGUUCUUGAGCUUGUUGAUAUGUUAGAACCCAGAGAAAAUGGAAUUGAAAAGUGUAUACGAUUGCUGUUUACCUAUGUAGACCAGUAUCCCAAUAAAACAAGUCUUAAGGCAUGGGAAAAGUUAGCUUCUCUUAUAGCUGAUGUUUACAAAAGGCCAACACAGUCAAAGUUAAACCUUUUAAGAAGAUCUUGGAAGAGUAGGUCUUCCUACUGGCCAGCAUAUCAUUUCAGUUCUAGCUCUCUCCACUUGGAGAAGAAAAAUGGCAUAAAACUGGCUUUGAACAAAGCUAAAGUACUUGCUUUUGUGACAACAGAACAAACAACAUUCUUUGAAUUACUGGAAACUGAGUUUCGAAAACAAAACAAGUCUCAUCGUCUUGAACAGCUGCAAAAGAUUAUAUCCAGUGCUAAAGAUAUCCAGUGGUAUAUCACAGACAGUUCAUCUCAACAGAGCAUAUUCCAAGACUUGGAUAAAAAUGGUGAUGACUUUGAAAAUGAGAUCGAAAACAGUAGUGAAGUAGGGAACCCUGAUAAUGAUCAUGCCAAUCAGAAAAUUUCAGAUCAGGAGAAAAAUAAUCCCUCAGAAGAUACAAUAGGCCAAGAAAAUAGUGAACAGGUAAAUAAGGAAAAAGUGAAACGAAAAAGAAAAAAGGAAAGUAAAAUAAUAAAACAAAACAAAUCUCAUAGUCUGAAGCAGCUACAAAACAAUACAUCCAGUGUCAGAGACAGUUCAUUUCAACAAAGCACAUUCCAAGAUUUAGAUAAAAAUGAGGAGAUUGAAGACAGUAACGAAGCAGAGAAUCCUGAUAAAUAUAAUGCCAAUCAGGAAAUUUCAGAUCAGGAAAAAAAUAAUCCCUUGGAAGAUACAAUAGGCCAAGAAAUUCAAGAAAAUAGUGAUCACGUAAAUAAGAAAAAAGUGAAACGAAAAAGAAAAGAGGAAAGUAAAAUAACAAAACAAAACACAUCUCAUAGUCUGAAGCAGUUACAAAACAAUACGUCCAGUGUCAGAGACAGUUCAUUUCAACAAAGCACAUUCCAAGAUUUAGAUAAAAAUGAGACUGAAAACAGUAACAAAGCAGAGAAUCCUGAUAUAUAUAAUGCCAGUCAGAAAAUUUCAGAUCAGGAAAAAAAUAAUCCCUGUGGAGAUAUGAUAGAUAGUUGCACUUUAUCAGGGCAUAAAAUUCAAGAAAACAGUGAUCAGUUAAGUAAGGAAAAUAUUAGUGAAGCAGAGAACCCCGAUAAUGAUUAUACCGAGAAGAAAAAAUCAAAUAAAAAAAAUAAUAAUCCCUGUGGAGAUAUGAUAGAUAGUUGUACUUUAACAUGGGAUGAAAUAAAAGAAAAGAAUGAUCAGUUAAAUACGGAAAAUUCAAAACGAAAAAGAAAAAGGGUAAAAGAAAUGAAACUAUGUGAAAGCUCGUCAGCAAUGGCUGAAGAACUUAGUAACAAUGAAGAGUUUGAAAAGUGUCAAGUUCCUGAACUUGAAAAUAGUUACAUUACUAAACAAAAUAAGAAGAAAAAGCACAGAAGAGAGUAAAGAAAAAAUUGUGACCACAGUACUAGUAAAAACAAAUAAAUGAAACCACUGAGAUAAAAUAUGUCAAAGAAUAAUCCUGGAUUUAAAUGUGAAACAAUUUUUUUUUCUUUCGAAAAACUUGUGUUUAAACAGGUAUGAAAUUAAUUAACGUAUGUGACUUCUUUUGAAGUUAAUGGAAUAAGUCCAACAUUAUGUCAGCAAACUGUACGCUUUAUACAUUACCAGUUGUGCUUAUGGGUUGAACAAUAUUGUACAGAAAAGUGCAAAAUAAAUAUUGUUAAAAACUGUAUAACAAAAAGUACUUUUGCUCUCAUUUUCCAAAAUUCAGAUAUAAUUUUGUAAUUUCAUUGGUUUUAUCAGUAUUUGUAUUUUCUCAAUUUAUGAAAAUGAUAGGUUCAGGAGUUGCAUCUUAACACACAAUUUUAUAAAAUUCCUGUUAAGUUGCUGUAUUUUAAGCUUAAAAGUAUUGUAUUAAAUAUAAUAAACUUUAUUUACAUUAUAAACUCUGCUAAUAAGAGUUUUAUGAAUUUAUGACAAUAAGUACAUUUAGCCAGUUUGUUAUUAUACACGGUGGUGCAAAUGUUGUACCCCAUAGAGAUUGUGAAUAACAAUAAAACAAAAAUACUUUUUUGUUUAUUAAAGUAAAUGUUCUGCUAGCCAGCAAUUCAAAUGUUUACUUUAAUAAACAGAAAAGUAAUUACUUUUGUUUCAUUGUUAUUCACAAUCGCUAUGGGUAGAUCCUGUAGAUGUAGUUAGUUACUUUUGAUCAGAUAUUCCUAUAAAAUAUAUUUUAAACAUGUUUAGAAAAGCUAGGACAUGAGCUUUUAUUUUCUGCCUACAUUUGAAAAGAUAUCUUAAGUAGAACAAAAUAUAUUUUUUCAGUGUGUUAAUUCAUAUUUGUCUAGGUAUGAAAAUUAACACAAAAACGAACAUACACAUGUAUGUAGGACAUUUGAACUUAUGCCACUUAAUUGUUUCUCGUAUGAAGAAAAUGACAAUUUCUUUAAAUUUUUAUCAAGAACAUUGGCCUACUCGAUGUUAUUUUUUUACAUAUGAAAAUACUUUAAAUAGGUGUGUUAUAAUAAAAAAUUUCAUGUAAUUCCUAAUGUAUCAGAACAUUCUAAAGCAUGUAUUUAAUAUAAUUGUAUAUCGUUAUCAUACAGUAGCAUUGUGAAAUGAUUUAGGUAUAAGAAAGGUUAUGUAUACACUGUUGAUGUCUAGUUAACCAUAAGUUCUUUUAAAAACAUCAUUUGCUUUAAAUCACCUUAUUACACCUAUACACACACACACACACACACUGUAUUAUAUAUCAGUAUUAAAAAAAAAGUUUUUAGUUAUCUGUAGAGGUUUGAAACAUUUUGAAAAGAUGCCAAUUUGUAUUAUAGGUAGUAACCAACAAAAAAUGUUAGUACUCUUUGAAACUUUUUUUUGAAAUAAAUUUAUCAAAAAUCAGUGUUCAUAAUAUUUUAUAUAGAAAGGUUGUGUAUUCAAAAUCAGAAUGUUAAUUUCAUACCUUAAUCGCAUAUUGCCCCUCAGUGGUAAAUCAAAAGGCUUAUUAAUGCUAAAAACCGGGUAUCAAUAUCAAUGAUAGGCACAGCACAUAUAGCCAGUUGUGUAACAACAAAGAAAUCAUUAUUAUAUGUUAAAUUAAGGUAUUUAUCCAAUUAUCACCUGUUGGUUUUAGUGAAAGUUAAGUAACAUUACUUGUUUUAUGGUAGAUUUUAAAAUAAAUUGUAUGGGUUCUGU